AUGGCCAAAAAGAAAACCCCCGUAUGCGCUGUCAACUUGGCGGAAGAGGCGCAUACAGGGGUCGAUGAAGCUGAAAACUUCGGCGAUAGAUUAGCACGCUACGGCAGCGCUCACGCAAGGUCACUGGACAUGCUUGGGCACCUCCGGGACGUGUCAUCCGUCGAAUCCACGAAAGCGUCCGCAGGCCUCGCCAGCUGCGGGAAUUACCUGCACUUUCGGGAGUAUUUCACCGUGGGCAAGGUUCGGCUGCACAACGCUACGUUUUGCAAGCAACACCUGAUCUGCCCUCUCUGCGCUAUUCGGCGUGGAGCUAAGGCGCUCGGGGCCUAUUUGGCUCGCUGGGAGGUGAUCCAGAAAGAGCGCCCAGACCUGCAACCCUACCUCCUCACGCUUACCGUGAAGAACGGCCCAGACCUUGAAGAACGUCAGCGUCAUCUGACCCGUUCGCUCAAGCUCAUGAUGGAUCGCCGCCGAUACUUCAACGCAGGCACUCGCGGUGCUCCCUACACGGAGCUGUGCAAGGCCGAAGGCGGUGUUUACACGCUUGAGUUGACCAAUAGGGGGAAGGGCUGGCACCCGCAUUGCCACAUGAUCGUUUUAGCGGCCUCCAAGCCCUCUCAGAGCGCGAUCAGUACUGAGUGGCACGCUAUCACUGGUGACAGCAUGAUCGUCGAUUGCAGGCCCAUUGCAGGCGAUUCUAGCGAGGGUUUCAUGGAGGUCUUCAAGUACGCCGUGAAAUUUUCCGAUUUGUCCCUAGCUGACAACUGGCACGCGGCCCAGGUGCUCAAGGGAAAGCGUCUGCUGAAUAGCUUUGGGCUCUUCCGCGGCGUCGAUGUCCCUGAAUCCCUCCUGGAUGAACCGCUCGACUCUCUUCCGUACUGGGAUCGCUUCUAUCGCUUCGUCCAGGGCGAAUACCAGUUCACUGGUGAGAGUCCCAAAAGCCAUUCCGUACCUGCUUCUGCGCCGCCUUCGGCGACCCAUCAGCACGCACGGCCCGCUUAA